AUAUAUCCUAAACAGUUUUCUAGAAAUCUUGAAUAACCAUGGCUUCCAUUUCAAAAAUGGUCUCAAUUUUCAUUAUCGUCAUUGCACUUUUAUGCACCAAAGCCUUUUCACAAUGUGAAGAUGAAACAAAUAACCCUUGUAAUAACAAAUCCAAGGCUUUAUCCUUGAAGAUCAUCGGCAUCGCUACAAUCCUUGUCACUAGCAUCAUCGGAGUAUGUCUACCUCUUAUCACUCGUUCUAUCCCUGCCCUUAGCCCAGAUCGUAGCCUUUUUGUUAUUGUUAAAGCUUUUGCUUCCGGCAUCAUUUUGGCCACCGGAUUUAUGCAUGUCUUGCCGGAUUCUUUUGACAUGUUAAGGUCUACUUGCUUGUCAGAUAACCCCUGGCAUAAGUUUCCAUUUACAGGCUUUGUUGCUAUGUUAUCUACUAUUUUCACACUCAUGGUCGACUCCAUGGCUACAAGUAUGUAUACUACCAAGAACAACGCAAUAUCAGCCGAAGGUGGUGAGCCAGUCGCUGGAGACCACGAGAUGGCUGUGGCAGGUGGUAGUGGCGCCGCGCAUUUCCAUGGACACCAUCACGGCCAAAAGGGCCCAAUAGGAGCACAGCUUCUUCGUUAUCGUGUUGUUGCCAUGGUGCUAGAACUUGGAAUAGUUGUUCACUCGAUAGUGAUUGGACUUGGAGUUGGGGCCUCAAAUGACGUAUGCACAAUUAAGCCACUGGUGGCAGCUCUUUGUUUCCACCAAAUGUUUGAAGGCAUGGGCCUUGGUGGUUGCAUUCUUCAGGCAGAGUACAAGCCGUUGAAGAAAGCAUUAAUGGUUUUCUUCUUUUCGAUAACGACUCCAUUUGGUAUUGCUCUUGGGAUCGGGUUGGCAAAGACAUACAAAGAGAAUAGCCCGAGUGCCCUUAUUACUGUGGGAUUACUCAAUGCUUCGUCUGCUGGACUACUUAUCUACAUGGCGUUGGUUGAUCUUCUUGCUGCUGAUUUCAUGGGUUCGAAGCUUCAAGGAAGCAUUAAGCUUCAAAUUAAAUCUUUCGCCGCCGUCUUGCUUGGCGCCGGCGGGAUGUCUCUCAUGGCUAAAUGGGCUUAAAACCCAUAUAUCAUUUAAAUUGAGUGUGAAAUAGAAAUAAGUUUAAUCACGUGGCCAAUGUCCUGAUUUUCCUAAUUAUGUGUUUUGUAAUUGUUAAUCAUCAACCAAGAAUUUAUAUUUAAGAAAAUGUUGUGGAAUCCUCAGUUAUAUAAAAUUACAAUUAACACAAAGAAAAGA